AUGUCAUGCCCCAACUGUUUUAGUGGCCAUGUCCACCAAGGCACUCCCCGUGGCGAAGUCACCUCUCUUCAUGGCUUACAGGCCUACACGACCAAGCCUCUAAAUGAUGUACCUCAUCGGGGCAUUAUCAUCAUAGUGCCCGACGCCUUCGGCUGGGAGUUUGUGAACAAUCGAAUCCUAGCAGACAACUACGCUGAAAAGGGGAAGUAUCUCGUUUACCUGCCUGACUUCAUGAACGGGCAUGCGGCCCCAGUCAGUAUGAUGUCUGCCACAAAAGGGGUGCUAAAGACAAGUGGACUCACAUCCUGGCUUAUGAAGCCAUACCACCUAGCCUCAAUGCUGACGAAAAUGCUACCCUUCAUGUACUACAAUACGUUCAAAGUAUCAUGGCCUAUUGUCCGGGACUUUUUCAAGUCCGUGCGCGAGAACGAAGGUGCCGAGCUUCCUCUCUACGGAGCAGGUUUCUGCUGGGGUGGAAAGCAUAUCGUCAAUCUCGCUGCUGGAGCGGACAUAGCCUCGAACGGAAAGCCACUGCUUAAUGCUGGGUUUACAGGCCAUCCUAGUCUUCUCGAGAUUCCUAUCGAGAUUGAGAAGAUUAAAAUCCCUGUGAGCUUUGCGGUUGGGGACAAAGAUAUAUUUUUGAAGCCUCCACAUAUUGAGCAGAUCAAACAAGUAUUCGCCAGCGAGUCCAGUUCUGGGAAAGGAGAAGUGGUGGUAUAUGAGGGAGCCGGCCAUGGCUUUUGUGUCAGGGCUGAUUUUGUUUUGGAAGAUGCGAGUAGACAGGCCGAUGAAGCAGAGAAUCAGGCACUGGCCUGGUUCGAAAAGUAUUAA